GUAGCGGGGGCGGUGUCGCUGUUGCCCUUUUAAGCCGCGGGGCCGCGGUCCCCUGCCGGCAGAGUCAGUUACAAAGAGAGCAGCCGCUCCGGCCGCUCGCUACACAGUUGCUGGCCGAGGCCUCGGUGUCCCUAGCCAUUUUCAGCCGCCAUCCCACGCGGGCCUCGGCGGCGGGGAGAGGCGGAGCCGCAAGAGCGCGGUCCCGGACCGGCCCUGCGGGGCGGUCGCGGCCGUGACGGCGGCCCCGGGCCCGGCUCCCCUUUCGCACCCCUCCUGCCGGAGAUGAGGGGAAGAUGUCCGUGUCAGGGCUCAAGGCAGAGCUGAAGUUCCUGGCGUCCAUCUUCGAUAAGAACCACGAGCGAUUCCGCAUCGUCAGCUGGAAGCUGGACGAGCUCCAUUGCCAGUUCCUGCUGCCGCCUGCGGCACCGCCCGGCAGCCUACACUCGCCGCCGCCGCCGCUCACACUCCAUUGCAACAUCACGGAAUCUUACCCGUCUUCUUCACCAAUAUGGUUUGUGGACUCCGAUGACCCAAAUCUGACAUCAGUUCUGGAACGUCUAGAAGACACUAAGAACAACAAUUCGCUUCGUCAGCAAUUGAAGUGGUUGAUAUGUGAACUCUGCAGAUUAUAUAACCUUCCUAAGCUCCUGGAUGUUGAGAUGCUAGAUCAACCAAUACCCACGGGUCAGAAUGGGACAACAGAAGAAGUAACUUCAGAAGAAGAGGAAGAAGAAGAGAUGGCUGAAGAUAUAGAAGACUUGGAUCACUAUGAGAUGAAGGAAGAAGAGCCUAUUAGUGGAAAAAAGUCAGAGGAUGAAGGAAUUGAAAAAGAAAAUUUGGCAAUAUUAGAGAAAAUUAGGAAGACCCAAAGGCAAGACCAUCUCAAUGGUGCAGUAUCUGGGUCUGUGCAAGCUUCAGAUAGGCUAAUGAAAGAGCUCAGGGACAUAUACAGAUCACAGAGUUAUAAAGCAGGGAUUUAUUCAGUGGAACUCAUAAAUGACAGUUUAUAUGACUGGCAUGUUAAACUGCAGAAGGUCGACCCUGAUAGUCCUUUGCACAGUGAUCUUCAGAUCUUAAAAGAAAAAGAAGGCAUAGAAUAUAUUUUGCUUAACUUCUCUUUUAAGGAUAAUUUUCCAUUUGAUCCUCCAUUUGUUCGAGUGGUGUUACCUGUUCUCUCAGGAGGGUAUGUGUUGGGUGGUGGAGCACUAUGUAUGGAACUUCUCACAAAACAGGGCUGGAGCAGUGCCUACUCAAUAGAAUCAGUCAUCAUGCAAAUCAAUGCUACCUUAGUGAAAGGCAAAGCCAGAGUACAGUUUGGAGCAAAUAAGAAUCAGUAUAAUCUAGCAAGAGCCCAACAAUCCUAUAAUUCCAUUGUACAGAUACAUGAGAAAAAUGGCUGGUACACCCCUCCAAAGGAAGAUGGCUAAAUAUGUUGACUGUCGUAUGUUUGGACCAAUGUUGCUUUAAAGAAAAUCUUUCCAACAUGCAGACACAAGCUUUGAGUGCCCCUAUAACAGCAGUACUGAAGACGUUAGCUAAUAGAUAUUUUAGUGGAUAAUCUGUCAACUGACAUCCAGUAUGAGUUACAGCCUUUUCGUUUUGCUCAUUUUAGGUAUUGUGGACUGAGCAGUGGGGCCUUUACUGUAUUUUUUGUGAUAAAUACACAUACUGGCCACUCAUGAUCUCUUUUUCUUGAAAAGUGAAAUCUGUUAAGCAGAAAGUCAGCAUCAGGUUACAGAAGUUGCGACUGUAGGGUAACUUUCCCACAUUGAGCUCGUGUGUUAUGAGGACUUGCAAUAUACUGUUCCAUUUAGAGCCAAUAAAAGUUUAAUUGAUGUUUAA